AUGGCAUACAAUGGGCCCGGAAGCUGCAUUCAGAGUGCCAACACAUGUGAGGAUGAAAGUGUUACAAGUAAAAGAGAUGAAUGUCACACUGAUGAAGAUUCUUCAAGUUGUUCUAGCAACAAUGUUUCUGGGUCACUUUCUUUUCAUUCAAAGAUGGAUGAUCAAGAACCGGAUGAAUGGGAGCACUCAGCAAAUCCAAGACAAUGUGUUGCCAAAGAAAAACCAUCAUCUCAUGUGGACAUAAUGAAAGAAAUAUUUGCGAAACUCUUGUUGGGUGAAGAUCCAACAGGAGGGAGCAAGGGUCACUCGUCUGCUUUGGCCUUGUCUAAUUCCAUAACAAAGCUCGCUGCAUCUGUAUUUGGAGAGCUAAGGAAACUGGAGCCUUUGCCAGAUGAGAAGAAGAAUAGAUGGAGAAGAGAAAUGGAGUGGUUGUUAUCCCCUACUAACUAUAUGGUUGAGUUGGUUCCCGCUAAGCAAUACGAUGCUAAUGGCCGGACUCUAGAGAUCAUGAGACCAAAAGCACGUGUAGAUGUUCACAUGAAUCUCCCAGCUCUACUGAAGUUAGACUCCAUGCUUAUUGAAAUGCUAGACGCGAUGGUGAAUACAGAAUUUUGGUACGAAGAAGUUAGCCAAGUAGAAGGAAAAGGUGAGAGUGUAAAAGAAGGUAGGAGAUGGCGGCCUCUUAUGCCACAUGUACCCGUAGGCGGACUCUCCGGGGAAGAGAGGAAAAAGCUAUUGAAUCAGGCAAAAAUAGUACACCAAAUUUUCAUGGCUACCAAAUCUAUAAACGAAACCAUACUCCUUGAAAUGCCUAUACCAAAGAUCAUUGGAGAGGCACUUCCAAAGUCAGGAAAGGCUAGCAUUGGUGAUGAUCUUUUUAGGAUACUUAAUGCAUCCUCUUCCUCAACUAUAGAAAUGUUCAACUCAUUAAACUUAAAAUCUGAGCACACUGCCCUCGAUACCAUUAACAGGUUGGAAGCUGCAAUAUUGGCAUGGAAAGAAAGAAUCUCCACCCUAAAAUCUCCAGCAAGACCAUUAUGGUCCUUAAAAGAUCUUUCUAUGGAGCUGAAUAAGAUAGAGUUUUUGACAAUUAGAGCUCAACUUCUUUUGCAGGAAAUCAGAAACAAAUACCCGAACCUUCCUCAAACAUUCCUUGAUGUCAUGAAAAUCCAAUAUGGAAAGGAUAUCGCGUACGCGAUUUUGGAAGCUUAUUCUCGUGUUCUUGGAAACUUGGCAUUCAACAUACUUACUAGAAUUGGAGACAUUUGUCAGGCGGAUGCAUCUGUUGAUCCUAAUUCACCAAUGGCAAUAAAUAGUCUUUCUGGGAUAAAUAUUUCUGGUAAAUCAGACAUUUUAAUAUUCGGUGUUAGUUCAAGACACACACUCUUUGAUAAGAUGAACAACAUAGAGGGGAAACCGAAUUUGCUAAAAGCUGAAAAGGCUUCGUAUACAGUGUGCCAAAAAGAUGAAACAGAUGCAGAUUCAGUCACAACACCUAGUAAAUGUUGUAUAGGUAAGGAGGUUUGUUUUACACCCCCAAAAAUGCCACCCUAAUUCGGUAAUAUAAGAGUUACUUAAAUGAUAUAAUAUGAUAUGCUAUAUA